CUUUGCUCUUGAUCGAUAAAACUCAGGCAACAGAGUAAUUACAUCAACAUUAAUAGCGCUGUCAGUGGAAUGAAUACGCACACUGCUACUGUUACACCACAGUCGAACAUCAUGCCUCAAUUGCAUUCGAUGCUAGCAAUCAAUUGAGCAUUUAUCCCUCCAUGGCAUAAAGUUCUAGGAAACUGUGUAUACGUCUAAUUUAACCAGACUUUGCAGAAACUGCCCUAUAUGAUGGCGGACGAGCACGAUACAAACGGUGAUAUUCAUUGGGAAAAGAAGACGCCUGAAGAACACAAGGAACAUGAUAAUGUUGAAAAGACGGAAACACUUGGCGUUGAAAAACCUGAUAUGGCUAAUGAAGCAAUGACAAGCAAAGAAAAGGACACACAAAGCCAAGUGAAGAAGCCUCUCCGUUGGUGCCAGAUGGUGGCAGAGCACCCAAGAAUUACAUUCGGAGUGACACUAUCAGGUCAUAUGGUAAUUCUAAUGGUCUCUGUACUACUGAUCCAAGCUGGCUAUGACCUUAUACCAAUCGACUUUACCUCUGUGCCAAUGGACUUGACGGAAGACGAUACAUUCCUACGUAAUUUAGCCUGGAAUGACAGAAAAUCAAUUCCCAAUUUCUACGAAAGAGAACGAUCGGAAAAUGGUGGUUACAGAACCUCCCAGUAUGACCAAUUGGCCAUCCUCUUUUAUGAAGAGAAGGGAAACAUUUUCACUAAAGAAAACUUUAAGAAAAUUGAAAGCGUCGAACAAGCGGUAACGAGCGUUGCUGACUAUACUAAGUAUUGUUUACUAAACAGCAAUGGAAAUUGCACGAAACCAAAGUCAAUUCUACGAUUCUUUGACGGGACAUAUUCUUCGGUAGACCCUAGUCUUAUUGACCCUGACUACGAUAAUAUUCCGCAGAUUUUAGAGACUGUUCAGAGUAUUCCAACACUUGCAGCUGGACUUCAGUUUUUCCUCGGAAAAAACUACAUUAUUGAUGGAUCGCAAGGUGUUGCUACUUCUGAUAUCACGAGAAUUGUGAUCCAAUUUGGAGGCCCGCUUGCAGAUGGUGACAUAGAUGAGCUACUGCAGGAACAUCAAAACAAUGCAUACACUAGUUUGUUGAAAGGAUACUUUGAAAAUGGACUUGGUUCCGUGGAGGUGUCCUACCAGUCUGAGUCUUUAUUCACGUAUGAAAUUAACGCCCAAGUUAUCAAAGACAUUUCCCUGGUGAUUGGGAGUUUUGUGUUUAUCUACAUAUUCAUGGUGUUUCAGACAGGGUCUUUUUGGAUAACAUCAUUUGCUAUUAUGAGUGUACUCACAUCUUUUCUCGGUGCUAACCUUAUUUACAGGGUUAUAUUUGACUAUCGUUAUUUUGGUAUUUUUCAUGUUCUAGCCAUUUUUAUCAUCUUAGGCAUUGGGGCAGACGACGUAUUUGUGUUUAUGGACACAUGGAAACAGACGGCACCAUUGUCAUAUCCUACGCUUGCCCAUCGACUUUCUAACACAUACAGACGAGCUGCAUCCGCAAUGUUUGUCACCUCCCUGACUACCGGUCUAGCCUUCCUCACAAAUUAUCUCUCACCAUUCCUUUCCAUAUCUUCAUUCGGAAUUUUCUCGGCUCUUGUUAUAUUCGUCAACUAUCUAUCUGUAAUCAUUUUCUUUCCGACUGUUGUGAUAACGUAUCACCUUUGGUGGGAGAAAUAUUGCUGUUGUUGCUGCAAUCACCGGGAUUUAGCGGUGCAAGAGGCAACAAGCGAAGAGAACCUUGUGGACGCGGAGAUUAAAAAACAAAACAUAAUUGUGAGAUUUCUAGGUGGUCACUAUGCAGAUUUUUUAAUGCACAAGGUGUUUCGUUGGGUUAUUGGUCUCCAUACGCUACAAAUUUAA